CACACGAAAAGGGAUGGUGGAUGCUCCUGACUCGAUGGCUAAGGCGAGGUGGGAUAAUCAUGCGUGUCUGGCCCCGGGCGUUUAUGCAGCUGCCGUUGCCUGAUCUUUACUGGGCUGAGAGUAGGGUUGUUCCGGUUCCGACUGGAUCUUCAUCUCGAUUAGGCUUGACAUCGAUGUUAUCAAGCUAUUUACAUGUAAGAAGACAACGACUGAUGUAGCCUAAAAAGCGCAACCGCAAUUAUUGAACAAAUCUGAAUGGAGUAAUUAAAUGCUACCAUCGAUGGAGGAGGAUCUUAUUUAUAAUAACUAAUGAAGUGCUGGCUUAUUUAUAAUAACUAAUGAAGUGCUGUCUUGGAGGAAGGGAAAUAACCAGGGACAUCCCCGUGAGACGACCGGCUCACCCGUUCUCCUGUUUGCAGCGAUUUUUUAAAAAUGAGAUCGGUACGUAGGCUGCUGUGAAAAUAACAUAAUUGCAUUAGUAAUCAGACUAGGACACCCUCUCCACCAGCACCCUAUUUUCGCCGUUCCAGGGGCAAAAACCGUCCACGACCCGGUCCGCGCCAUCAAAUCGACGCAUUACUGGAUGGGGAGUAGCACAGACUGUGAAGACCGUGAGUGCGUGUGUCAAAAGAGGGAAAGAGGGAGACCGGGCCAGCUCAACCCCCUGCACCUGUUAAUUGCGCUCUAAUCUGGCAAGUUUGGAGGGACGGAGAGUCCGGUGCAGUAAGGGCGCCUCAAUGACCGUCUCAUCCCGGGACAGGUAGAGAAGGCUAGAGAACGGCGGCGUGUUUGGAAGUUUUGAUGCAUAUGAUCACAACCACCAUGAUUUUUAUGAUUCUUGGCGCUUCAGUUGUAAUGGCGAUUGCCUGUUUAAUGGACAUGAACGCACUACUGGAUCGCUUUCACAACUACAUCUUACCGCAUCUACGAGGGGAAGACCGCGUCUGUCAUUGCAACUGUGGAAGGCAUCAUGUCCACUAUGUGAUCCCUUACGAUGGGGACCAUUCUUUGGUGGACUCGUCGGAGAACUACUUUGUCAGUGACAGCGUGACCAAGCAGGAGAUGGACCUGAUGCUGGGGCUGCUGCUGGGCUUCUGUAUCAGCUGGCUACUACUGUGGCUGGAUGGAGUGCUGCACUGUGCUGUCAGGGCAUUGAGGGCCAGCCGCUACUAUGACACCCCUUCCUGGUCAUGGCUCCCCUCAUUCUGUAACCUUCGAGAUCUGCGUCGACGCGCCCAGCUCAGACAGCUGGAGGACUCCACUGGCAACAUGGUCCACAUCAAGCAGAAGCUCUACCACAACGGCCACCCCAGCCCACGCCACCUCUGACUCUGAAACAAGAAUCCCCCCUCCAGCCCCUCAAACUGCCCCAAGGCCAACUGCUGCCUCAGAGACACUGGAAAACUGCCCUCCGACUGUUCAUAACACAUCUGGCCCGAAACUUUCUUACGAUGACCCUGACACAAGUCAGCACCCACCAAUCCAAACUCGAGCAGAAGAUAGUCGUCACUGAAAUCUUGUCUAUGUCCAUAUCCACCAUUGAGGUAGGAAGGAAAAACAAGCAUUUUUAAGGGUGCUUUCUGUAUAGAAAAAUGUUCUGUGUUCAUUGUUGAAACUUGGCAUGAUCUUUUAGAACAGGGUACGAUGAUGGGGGGCACAGUGUUUGUUAAAA